UGCUAGGCAUCGCGGCAGGCUUAGGGGGAGGUGCGGGUGGCCAGGAGGGACAGGUCUGGGCAGCGCUCGGGGGACACAGCACCAGGGCAGGCACUCAUUCAAGCGGCUGUACUCGAGCGCGAUCUUCUCUGCAGCUUUCUGUCUGACCGCCCUAGCUGCGGCUUCUGCUCUGUCGCAUCCCGAGCUGACCAAGCAGACGUCCUGGCGUCCGAUCUCACCAUGCCCAAUUUGUGGGACCGUUUCUCUUCCUCGUCCUCCUCCUCGCCUUCGUCGUCGUCCGGAACUCCCACCCCGGGGCGGCCGCCGCGCUCAGCCUGGGGGUCCGCGGCCCGAGAGGACGGGCUGGACCGCUGUGCCAGCCUCGAGAGUUCGGACUGCGAGUCCCUGGACAGCAGCAACAGUGGUUGCGGGCCUGAGGAAGACUCGGCCUACCUGGAUGGGGAGUCCCUGCCCGACUUGGAGCUGCUCAGCGACCCCGAGGAUGAGCACCUGUGCGCCAGCCUGAUGCAGCUGCUGCAGGAGAGCCUGUCCCAGGCGCGGCUGGGCUCGCGGCGGCCCGCGCGCCUGCUGAUGCCCGGCCAGCUGGUGAGCCAGGUGGGCAAGGAGCUGCUGCGCCUGGCCUACAGCGAGCCGUGCGGCCUGCGGGGGGCGCUGCUGGACGUGUGCGUGGAGCAGGGCAAGACCUGCCACAGCGUGGGCCAGCUGGCCCUGGACCCCAGCCUGGUGCCCACCUUCCAGCUGACCCUGGUGCUGCGCCUGGACUCGCGCCUCUGGCCCAAGAUCCAAGGGCUGUUCAGCUCGGCCAACGCUCCCUUCGUCCCCGGCUUCAGCCAGUCCCUGACGCUGAGCACGGGCUUCCGGGUCAUCAAGAAGAAGCUCUACAGCUCGGAGCAGCUGCUCAUCGAGGAGUGUUGAGCUCCUUGGCCCCCUGCCCCCCGGAGGGGUGGGGCAGGCUGGGAGGACUGAGACUUGAGGGGGGGUCUGCUUCGGACCCGGACCCCGAGGGCAGGAGGCCGGCGGUGGCCGCGGGGACCGAGCCUUUCUCCAGGACAGCUCGCCGUUGUUUACCCGCGGCUCCCGGGUGGGGGCGCGCGCCCCUCAGUACUGUAAGCAUGAAACAAAGGCGGAGGGGCCACCCAGGCUUCCGGCUGGAUUGUGUAUGUAGCAUGUACCGUGUUAUUUUCUCUUAUUACUGACAGUGACGGUGACAGUGGUGUGACAGAGCCGGGGGGAGGGGACGAGGGCAGCUGGGCUGCUGGCUGGCCUUUGAGAAGGGGUGGGGGAGGUGUGGUGUGCGUGUAUGGGUGCUGACCGGGGCCUGCCGGCGGACGGGGAGCCAGUUUGUGUUAUCUCCUGGUCUGACGGGACCCCCACAGAGUGUGUCUGUCGUUGGUUUUUGUUUGUCUGAUCGGAGCUCCACUACUGACCUGUUCUGGGCAGCUAUCUUACAGAUGCGUGAAUGUAAGAGUAGUGUGGGUGUUGCCAUAGAAAAAUCUAUAUAUACUCCUGGGAGCUGCGUUCUGCCUGUCCCCCACCGGCCUUGUACAGAAGAGCUGAGCUGUGAGCGGAUGGGGCUGAGUGGGGGUGGGGGCUGGAACCCUUGCCCACCGGAAUGCCCCCCUCCAGGUCUUCCAUCUAGAACUGUCCACAUGAAGAUGCUCACUGUUACGAAUACACUUGAUGUUCAAGUAUUAAGACCUAUGCAAUAUUUUUUACUUUUCUAAUAAACAUGUUUGUUAAACGA